AUGGCUCUCUCUGCAUUUGGAUUUCCUUCUUACGUAAGCAGAGAAACUUCAACAAACUAUCGCAAAUCUACUUCCCUAUCUUCUUCUCCAUCUUUGGCUACAUAUUUUCCAUCACUCUGCCCGAGAAGUACAGUUUCUCUUGAACUCAAAGUUCUUUCGGACGAGUUGAGAUCUGAUGUAAUCUUCAAUGUUUCGAAAACCGGGGGACAUUUAGGUUCCAACCUCGGUGUUGUUGAGCUCACAGUGGCUCUUCAUUGCAUCUUCAAUACUCCUCAAGAUAAGAUCCUAUGGGAUGUUGGUCAUCAGUGUUAUCCUCACAAGAUUCUAACGGGGAGAAGAGGAAAGAUGAAGACAUUGAGACAAACCAAUGGACUGUCCGGUUUCACCAAGCGAGGAGAGAGUGAGCAUGAUUCAUUUGGCACUGGACAUAGUUCAACCACAAUAUCCGCAGGCUUAGGGAUGGCUGUGGGAAGGGACUUGAAGGGUAGGAACAACAACGUGGUUGCGGUUAUAGGCGACGGUGCCAUGACAGCUGGUCAGGCUUAUGAAGCCAUGAACAAUGCUGGCUACUUAGACUCCGACAUGAUUGUGAUUCUCAAUGACAACAAGCAAGUCUCUUUGCCUACUGCUAACUUAGACGGACCAACUCCACCUGUUGGAGCUUUGAGCAGAGCUCUUAGUAAGUUGCAGUCUAAUCGUCCUCUCAGGGAAUUGAGAGAAGCUGCCAAGGCAAGGAGUGACAAAGCAUAUUGGGGGAUCAAUGCACCGAUUGGAAAAGGUAGGAUACUAAAGGAAGGAGAGAGAGUUGCACUCUUAGGUUACGGAUCAGCCGUUCAGAAUUGUUUAGAGGCUUCUUCGAUACUCGAUAAACGCGGUUUGAAGAUAACCGUCGCGGAUGCAAGAUUCUGCAAGCCGUUAGAUGUUGCUCUCAUUCGCGGAUUAGCUAAGUCUCACGAGGUUCUGAUCACUGUUGAAGAAGGUUCUAUUGGAGGGUUUGGAUCGCAUGUGGUACAGUUUCUUGCUCUUGAUGGUCUUCUUGAUGGAAAGCUCAAGUGGAGACCAAUGGUACUACCUGACCGGUAUAUAGAGCAUGGAUCACCAUUGGAUCAACUAGCUGAAGCUGGCCUCACAGCUUCUCACAUUGCAGCCACCGCACUUAACUUAAUCGGUUCACCUAGAGAAGCCUUGUUUUGGAAGUAA